GCUGUUUGAGUUGAGCAAAACUCGCUAGAGCACGAAGCAAACUCCCGCAGUUUCACUAAUUUUGUGGUCGCCGCAAUGGGGAAGCUCGGGAAGAGGGCGAGAAAGUUCGCGAAGAAGAAUCUCCAGUCCGUGCUCAAGAGAAAGCGACAGCUGAAGUCCAUGUUCAAGAAGAAAGCUUCCAAGAAGAAUGAACAAGAUGAUAUUGAAGAACAAGAGGAGGACAUAGGAGUGUUGCCUAGUGUAAGAGACAAAGGCCAAGAUCUGGUUAACUUUUCUCUUGACGCGGUAUUCACCGAUGAUGAUAGUGAUGCGGACGAUGAUGAUUCCGACAGUGAUGAAUAUCUUCCAGAGGACUCAAGUUUAGAUGUUCCUCAAAGUGAUAGUGAGAACUAUCUAGAAGACAACAGCAGGGCUAGUGCUUUGUCGUCGCAAAACCGAGAAAUAUAUUUAGAACUUGCGAAGAAAAGAAAAAAGUUGGACAGAUCGAAGCAAAAGGUAAUUGCUGGCUUCCCCCACCCACACAACAGCAGGGCUAGUGCUUUGUCGUCGCAAAACCGAGAAAUAUAUUUAGAACUUGCGAAGAAAAGAAAAAAGUUGGACAGAUCGAAGCAAAAGGAUCCCAAAUUUUCCAAGUUCCUGGAAAUCUAUGAUAAGGAGCUAAAAUCAUUGAGAAAUAAAGAAGCUUAUUCAGAUGAGGAUGACAUGAGUGUUGAUGAAACACAGUCAAUGAAUGAAAAUACUCAGAACAAUGAGGGCAAGUUCUUGACUAGCUCUGCUGUUGAUUAUUUGUGUCAACUAGUUUCAGAGAAGCAAAGUCUGUCUGCCCUAACUAGUCUGUUAAAUGGAUAUUGGGCUGUAUGUCACUAUGGAGUUGAAUCUAGUCUUAAUAAUGACUCUCAUAGAUUUCCUAGCAGUGAAGCCUUCAGCAAGAUACUGAUGUUCAUGCUUAAUGAGGCUGAUGAUAUUUUUAGGAAGCUGCUGGGUUUGAGCUCCAAUUUCAGGAAGGAGAAACUUUCGGAAUUGAAAAAUUCCUCAAAAUGGGAUACAGUUAAACCAUUGAUUAAAUCAUAUUUGAGGAGCACCCUUUUUCUCCUAAAUCAGGUUACUGAAACUGAGAUAUUGGCGUUCUCCUUAGCCCGAGUCAGAGCUUCUACAAUGUUUUUUGUUGCAUUUCCUUCAUUACUCCGUAGACUUAUCAAGGCUGCUCUUCAGCUUUGGGCAACAGGUGGAGAUAGUGUCUCCACCCAUGCUUUCCUCAUCAUACUAGAACUAGCAUCUGUCUGUAAUUCUGAUUGGUUCGACACCUGCUUCAUUAAGACAUACAAGUCCUUUAUUGGUCAUUGUCAGUUUGUGGAGCAGCCUGUUCAAUUGAAACAUGUGCAAUAUCUGAGGGACUCCUUUGUUAAGCUAUGCUCUUUAGACGUGCAAAAAUCAUCUAAAAAAGCAAUGGUUUCCAUACAGCAACUUGCCAAAAUACUGCAUCAGGGACUUCAAACGAAGAAAAAAGAAGCAGUCAAGAAUAUAUGCAGUUGGCAAUACAUAAAUUGUGUUGAUCUCUGGGUUUCAUUCAUCUCAGCUAAUAUAUGUGAUUAUGAUCUCCAGACAUCAGUUUUUAUGGUCAUUCAGAUCAUAAAUGGGAUGGCUCUCUUGUUUCCUGGACCAAGAUAUUUACCUUUGAGAGUUAAAUGCAUUCAAUGGUUAAAUCAGCUCUCCAGUUCAAGUGGGAUCUUCAUUCCUGUUGUGUCAUUGAUUUUGGAUGUUUUGGAAUAUAAAAGUGGUGAUGGUGGCAAAUAUGGAAAGGCCUUUAGCUUAUCAACCGUUGUAAAGUUGCCAAAACAUUGUUUGAAAUCACGGAACUUCCAGGAGCAGUGCAUUUUGUCUGCUAUUGAACUACUUUCGACACACUUUGCUCAGUGGAGCCACCAUAUAUCAUUCCCCGAGCUAUCAACUAUUCCACUCAUCCGUCUACGGAAGUUUCAUGAGAUUACUACUAUUGAAAGUUUCAAGCGUGUGGUUAAGCGUUUUGUGGAUCAGGUACAGUCUUUCUUUUAUCUAUUGCAAUGA